AUGCAACCGAUCAAGCCGUUCUACUACCUCUGCAAACUGUUCGGGCUGUGUCCGUUUUCGCUCGAACCGGCCGCACUGGCGCUGACCAAGCGGGCCUCGCACGUGCGCCAGCUGGCCCCGACCUACACCGUGCUGUUCCUGUAUCUCUCCUGUCUGGUCAGUAUCUUCUGGCAGAGUGGCACCAAGUCCGACAUUUCCAAUGCCGCCAACUGGAUCCAGUUCAUCCCGAACUCGUUCGCCUACAUCUUUACGCUCGUGUUCGCCAUCCGGCAGCGGGUGCUGGCCAACGACAUCCUCGCCACGUGCGCCGUCUGCGACGACAAGCUGCGCUCCCUGUUCGGCAUCUCGUUCGCCAUUCCUAACAUCAAAAUGAGACGCAUCGCCAUCCUGGCCUGCACCGUGGUUCUAGCCUGCGGCAGUACGCUCGGAGCGCUCAAUUUCGUGAUCGGCGUUAAUUGGCAGCAAGUGUGGACGGUGCUCUACUGGAUCGCGUUCUGUAUGCCGAAGUUUGGGCUGCUGUUGUUCAGCUUCCAGUUCGCUGGCUGCAUCCUGUACCUGUCGGACCGGGCGGUGCUGCUGCUGCGCGGGAUGAACAAUUUUCCCGUCGGAGUGGAAAGCUUGACGCUGCCACCGCAACCGCUCAGCUCGCAGUACAAACUGCUCAACACGGCCGCGAUCGGAGGCGACGGGUUGGGGGGCCGGGUGGGAGGUAAGCUGACCCGCCUCACGACCCUGGCCAACAUCAAAAUCCGCCCGAUCGGACCGCUCGACUCGAUCCAGCGCAUCCGCGAGGUGGUCGAGGUGCUGCAGGAGCUGUCGGCCAAGGUCAACCGGUGCUUCGGCAAGCAGGCCAUCUUCUCGCUGCUGUCCGCGUUCACCUGCGUCACGGUCCAGCUGUACUACAUGCUGAACCACAUCAAGUCCGGCUUCACGACCCCACACGCCGAGGUCUACGCGCUCGCGUCCUGCAGUCUGCUCUUCCUGCACGGCAUCGAACUCUGGACGCUGUUCUGCAGCGGUCAGCAAGGGCGCCUCCAGUGGCGCAAACUGGUCAACCUGCUGUUCUACCUGAAGUCCAAGUCCACGGACGACGACUACCGGGGCAAGGCGGACGAUUUGAUUUCGUUUAUGCUCGCCAAUCCACUCGAAUUCAGCGCGUACGGCCUGUUUCCCAUCGAUCUGUCGGUGCUGACUGGCAUUGCCUCCUCCAUCACGACGUAUCUGAUCGUGCUGAUACAGUUCAAAAUUUCCGAGGAGCAAAGCGGUGCCCGCGACGGCGGCUUGGACGAACAAGAAACAAUCCAAUUCUCUGCUGCGUAA